GUUGAAAAAGGAAACAAGGUGCACAUCAAAUGUUGGAGACCUAAAUCUUGGCAGAAAAAAGCAUCAUGGUGGAUAUGCUACUGCUGGGUGUGUCUGUGUUCAUUCUCCAUGUUGCAUCGCUUGAAGAGACCAUUGUGUCCCUGUGGCCUGAAGGCUCAGAAAUCUACCUCAACGAAAGUGUCCUGCUGCAGUGCAGAGUAAAGACGAACUUCACCCACGGUUGGUCCUACCAGUGGAAUAGCAGCAAACCACACCAUGCUUCGGUCUCAAACCCCAGGCACGUGGUCUCUGAUGGCAAUUACACCAUCACUGCGGUAACGAUGGAGGACGCAGACAGGUAUUGCUGCAAAGCUCAGCAUAACGGGAGCGACACCCCCAUGGUGGGGUGUAUCACGCUCAAUGUGUCAGAGUGGAGUUCAGUCAACAUUAAAGUAAGCGAUGCAUGGAAAUGGAUUGUUGCAUCGUGCUGUGUUGUGUUUCUGUUCCUGGUUCCCCUAAUUUGGCUCAUUCAUCGCUACAGAUACCGGAUGUUUUGCACUCAAAGCUGCCGGCCGCUAUCUAAAGAGAACGUCCCAGCCGGACCACUUCCUGCGACCAAACAGGAUGUGACGGAGGUGCAGUGGGACCUGUCCUGGAUGGAGAUGUCUAAUCUGUUGGAUAAGCAGUUGUAUCCUGGCACAUAGAGGGUCACCUAGAGGUUAUGAACAACAAGUACAACCAGCCACAGUAUCCACCCUCUGAUGAAAAAGUGAAUUGCACAGAAGAAAUGCUCUGUUCUAGUCUACAUGUAAAGACCAGAGAUAGGCAUGCCCAUUAUCCGGCUUGUAACUGGGACAUCCACAGCAAGCACCAGAAAACACAAGUGGUUUUCUCUCAAGUGGAGCAGCUACUGAAGCAUCUGACAGUUAAAACAGGGAGGGGAGGUCUCCAGGCAUAAACCACACCCCAUAGAUGCUCCAAGCAGGAGUAACAAGACUUGACUUGAUUUAUAGGGUUCAGAUUUUGGAUUUAGCAUCAGGCUGGGUUGUCACAUUGUGAAAUUUCCUGACUUGUGGGGUCUUAGGAGUUAAAAAGAUUAAUACCAAACUAUUCAAACCUCUACCAGAUUUAGGAUCGAAUUAGUCUUUUAAUUUGGCCAAGCUGCUUUCUCAGGAAAGUGUAUUUUUUCCUGAGUUGUCAAGGUGUUCAAUGACACAUUGCUGGUGCUACUGGACCUGAGUGCAGCAUUUUCGACACAGUUGAUUACUCUGUUCUGUUAAAGCGCCUGGAAAACUGGGUCGACCUUUCUGGUGCAGCACUUAACUGGUUUAAAUUCUACUUAAAGGACAGAGACUUCCCUGUGUCAGAGGGUAACUUUACAUCACAGACCACAAAAAUCACAUGCGAGGUUCCCCAAGGGUCCAUCU